AUGGACAUCUCUAGUCUCCUCAACCAUCCAUCACAUAAGGAAGACUGCCCGACUACCAUCGACUCCAAUCACUCGACUGAUACUCUCAUUCGAAAUGUCUCGACUGCCUCGUAUCGGUCAGAACCAGCUAGUUCUGGUUCAUUCACGCUUUUCCCAGCUUUACCCGUAGAGCUGCGUGUCCGGAUAUGGCACCAUGUAAUAUCAAUUCCUCGCAUCGUGGAGAUGGAGAAGAUUCCAAGCUGGGUCGAUGAAAAUGCGGACGGUGGACGAAAAGAGCCUCCAGACCGGUCCCCAGAUCAAUGGCAUUACAAAGUCAAGAAUCUCCCGCCUUUACUCUCAACUUGCGCCGAAUCGCGACAUGAACUACUGAAAGCGGGAAGAAGGGAUUCGAGGCUUUUUGAUGAGUCUGCAGGACUGCCACUAGGACCGGCAUGGAUUAGGCUCGACCACGAUAUUUUACAUUUGAAGACCCGCACCUGGCAGGAUCGAGGAGGCCAGUGGUGCGGCCAUCGUUGGUUCGACAAUGAUAUUCUGAAUUCAAGAAACGGACGCCAUGGUCAGAGGAGCAAAAUGCGUUUAUUCUUUGGCAGUAUUCGGGUACUCGCGGUCAACGUGGAAAGCUUUCGCAAUGUUUUAGGCGGGAUGAGCGUUGAAGUCAUUCGAGAGCUCUUCCCCAGCUUAGAGCUACUCAUCGUCUUGAUCGACCCGGAUUUCGACAUCACGAAAGUGUGGAAAUUCAGAGGCAGAGACCUGGUACCAUAUUGGGGAGACGAAUACAACCCAUUCUUUCAGAGCUGGGCAUUCAUGACAGCAAGUACGGGGCCUUUCACGACAGUAAAAACCCAAUUCCAGCGCUCAACCAAGAGCCGAUUGCAGGACCGAUUCAGAAGGGAGGAGAGAAAUUUUCAGAAUUAUGUGGCUCCCAAUAUUGUUGUUUUGGGGUGUUCGUUGCCGCCAGGAGUGACGAUACCUGCAUGCGGCCGCAUAUCUUCCCGUGGCGUGGAAUAUGAGCCAAAGAAACCCGCCUCUUUUGGGGCCACCAACUAUCACCGAUUAAAACCGGAGCCCGUUUCAGGGACCGAUCGCACACGGAUGAAUAUUAGUAGCAUGUUGGUUUGA